GCCCUUAUUCAUCCUUCAGAGAUGGAAGCUCAGUUGGCCUAAUUCCAGCCCGGAGCUCACUUGACUACAUUAUAUUACUACCUUGUCUGAUUGGAGCUCUUUAUUUUCCUCCUUGCAUUUUGCUUACCGUGCUGUUCUACCCACAGACCCCAGAGGUCCAGCCCAGUCACUUGGGGUUCUUUUCACCGUCUCCCCCAUACAUAUAAUACGCCCUCCCCCUUCCCCCUUCUUGCUUUUCUAGGGUACUAUCCCUUGGAAUCCUCCCGCAACAACAACAAGAAAAAAAAACCACCAUGUCUGCGGAUCUCAAGACGAAGAUUGGCCAUGGCCUGGCCAAGGGCCUGGGUAUCAAACUCCCCCCAAAACCUCAAGCAGAUCCCGUCACCCGUGGCGAGUCGACCUUUUCUGUUGGCACCUUCGACACAUACUCCUAUAUUGAACCGGAGCCUACAACUGCAGAAUGGCUGUCUGAAACUCUGCCAUCGAAACGUGAUAUUGCCAUGUACUUUUACAGACUGUUUCCAUUUCUCUCCUGGAUUACACGAUACAACAUGCAAUGGUUUUCUGGAGAUUUGAUCGCUGGGGUUACUGUGGGCGCUGUCGUUGUUCCUCAGGGAAUGGCAUACGCAAAACUCGCAGAGUUGCCCGUCGAGUAUGGUCUGUAUUCGUCGUUUAUGGGCGUCCUGCUUUACUGGUUCUUCGCUACGUCAAAGGAUAUUACGAUUGGUCCUGUUGCUGUCAUGUCCACCGUUGUCGGGACUGUGGUUAUUGAGGCGCAGAAGCAGAUCCCAGACGUCCCUGCUCAUAUCAUUGCGUCUGCUAUGGCAAUCAUCUGUGGUGGAAUUGUCUGUUUCCUAGGCCUGAUUCGACUCGGUUUCAUUGUGGAUUUUAUUCCCUUGCCCGCCAUCACUGCAUUCAUGACUGGAUCUGCUCUCAAUAUCAUUUCUGGACAGGUCUCGACUAUGCUUGGCGAGACAGCCCAUUUCGACACUCGGGGAGCGACAUAUAUGAUCAUCAUCAACACGCUUAAGCACCUGCCCUCUGCUACUAUUGACGCUGCCAUGGGUGUGAGCGCUUGUGCAAUGUUGUAUAUCAUUCGCUCGGCUUGCAACUACGCUGCCAGAAAAUAUCCUCAGCGUGCUAAGCUUUGGUUCUUUGUGUCAACUCUGCGAACGGUGUUUGUUAUAUUGUUCUAUACCAUGAUUAGUGCGGCCGUGAACUUGCAUCGCAGAGAUAAUCCGAGAUUUAGUGUGUUGGGCCACGUUCCAAGAGGCUUUCAACAUGCUGCUGUUCCUGUCCUUAAUGCUAGGAUCAUUAAGACCUUCGUUAGCCAAUUGCCAGCUGCCGUUAUUGUUCUCCUUAUCGAACACAUUGCCAUCUCCAAGUCCUUUGGACGCGUUAACAACUAUACCAUCGAUCCGUCUCAGGAACUAGUUGCGAUUGGUGUGGCAAAUCUGCUCGGACCGUUCCUAGGUGCCUACCCUGCUACUGGAUCCUUUUCCCGCACUGCCAUCAAGUCGAAGGCUGGUGUUCGAACUCCUUUGGCUGGUGUCAUCACCGCUCUCGUGGUUCUUCUUGCUAUUUACGCCCUCCCUGCUCUCUUCUGGUACAUCCCGAAAGCCUCGCUGGCCGGUGUGAUUAUUCACGCAGUUGGAGAUUUGAUUACUCCUCCUAAUGUUGUGUACCAAUUUUGGCGCGUGUCUCCCUUGGAUGCGAUCAUUUUCUUCAUUGGUGUCUUUGUGACUAUUUUCACCUCCAUCGAAAUUGGAGUCUACUGUACCGUCUGUGUCUCAGUCGCGGUGCUUUUGUUCCGUGUGGCAAAAGCCCGUGGUCAAUUCCUGGGUCGUGUGACUAUUCACUCGGUCCUUGGAGAUCACCUUCUGGAGGACGGAAAGACUGGCAAUGGCGAUGCUAGCAACUCGAAUACCUUCCAGCGGACCAUUUUCCUCCCUGUCAACCACGCUGAUGGAUCGAAUCCUGAUGUCGAAGUCGAACAACCUUUCCCUGGUAUUUUUAUCUACCGCUUUUCAGAAGGAUUCAAUUAUCCUAACGCCAACCACUAUACCGACUCCCUUGUUGCUACAAUCUUCCAGAAAACUCGCCGAACAAACCCCUUCCUCUAUAGCCACCCAGGUGAUCGCCCAUGGAACAAUCCAGGGCCUCGCAAAGGUCAUAACGAGGAAGACAAAUCGGACCUCCCUAUUCUCAAAGCCGUCAUUCUUGACUUCUCAUCCGUUAACAAUGUGGAUGUGACCUCUAUUCAGAACCUGAUCGAUAUCCGCAACCAGCUCGACCUAUACGCUUCCCCCAGGACGGUGCAGUGGCAUUUUGCCCACAUUAAUAACCGUUGGACUAAGCGCGCUCUUUCUGCUGCGGGUUUCGGUUAUCCUACCCCCACCUCCGAGGACGGCUUCCAUCGUUGGAGGCCUAUCUUCAGCGUGGCCGAAAUCGAAGGUCGUGCUUCCGCUGCCGCUCUCGCAGAAAUCGUAAACAACGAGCAAGCCCACAUUCACCCUGCAGAUAUUGAGAGUGGUCUUAAACGUGACUCGCACACCGUUGAGCGCGAGACGCAUGGGAUCGAAGAAUCUUCUGAUAGCAGCAUCAAUGAUGAUGACAAGCUGCAGCGGGAUCUCAAACGUAGCAAGGCGUACCAGAAACGCCGAGCAAUGGCCGUGGUGCAGGGCGUCAAUCGGCCAUUCUUCCACAUCGAUCUCACUAGUGCGCUUGAGAGUGCCUUGGCCAACUCGCCGGAAGAGGAGCCUAUUUCUAGACCCGAGGAUGCUUAAUUCAGGAUUCCGAAUCCCCACAUGACCUCCCUGGAUGGAG